AAUUUAAUUAUCCUUCUCGAAACUUAAUUAUUACUUCAUCAUUUUGUAUCUAUUUAUAGUCUGCGUGUAACGUUUCAAAGUAUUGUGCGGUUGUAGUGACAAAUAAUAAUGAAAUGUGUCAAAGUUAUUUUAUGUAUAUUUUUAAUGUUUAGAAAUGUGUUUGCGUCAAAUUCUUGCGAAUUGUUAACCAACUCGUGCGAAGAUUGUAUCGUAAACUCCAGCAUAUGCGUAUGGUGUGCUAUGGUUAAUUUCAAUGGUACGAGAUGUAGAUCUGCAAAUGAUAAUUUAGACAAUUGGUGUAACGGCAAUAUAAUCAACCCUAAAAGCGGAAAGAAAUCAAAAGAAGUAAAUCUGGACUUCAGUUCUAAAACUGGUGAAAUUGUACAAAUUAAACCACAACAAACAAGCAUUACUUUGAGACCGGGACAAACAUUAAACUUGAAUUUUUCGAUUAAGCAUGCGGAAGAUUAUCCUGUUGAUGUAUAUUUUCUUGUGGAUGCUUCAAAGCUAAUGAAGAAAGUAAAGGAUACAAUCGUCAAAGAAAGCGUGAAAAUGUAUAAAACACUGAAAAGUAUGACAAAAAACGUAUACCUGGGAACAGGAUCAUUUAUAGAUAAAAAUACAUUACCUUUUACAGAUUCUAUAAACAGCACAUUAACCUAUUCUUUUCGUAACCGUUUGAAACUAACAGAAAACUACGAGGAUUUUCAAAAGACAGUAAACGAUACUGCGUUUGGUUCUAACUACGACUUACAAGAAGGUACUUUAGAUGCACUGUCUCAAGUGAUCACUUGUGAAAAUGAAAUAGGUUGGCGUAAAGAAUCUACAAAAAUAAUAAUUGUGUUAACUGAUGCCCCUUACCAUAAUGCUGGUGAUGGGAAAUGGGGUGGUAUAAAUCGUCCAUACGACGGUAAAUGCUAUAGCAAAACGGAUAUUUACAAAAAUGAGAUUGUAAUGGAUUACCCGAGCGUUAGUUUAAUUAACAAAUUGGCAGCAGAAAGAGAGAUGAUAAUAAUUUAUAUGGUGGACAAGAAAGAGAUAAAUAAUUAUAAUAAACUAAAAUUAGCUAUAAGAGGCUCAGUUACUCAUAAAUACGAUGAACAUUUUUCUAUGAAUAAGGUUUUGAAAGCACAAUAUAAGAAUAUAAAAAAAGAAAUAAAAUUGAAGGUUAACAUGGAUACAUCCUUGCGUGAAUAUUUUGAUAUUUCUUUUCAACCCAAUUGUUAUUCUGGUUCGGCUUCGGUACGGACAAGGAAAUGUUCAAUACGCAUUGGACAAGAAAAGAACUUUAAAGUAAAUUUAACACUGUUAGAGAACAUAAAAUCUGAUAAUGUAGAUAUAAACAUACUAGCUGAAGGAAUUAAGGAAAAGUUAAAUAUAAAUAUUGAAGUUAUAAAGACAUGCAACUGUACUGAUAAACAUGAAAAUUCGAAAGAAUGUGAUUUACACGGUACGUUAAGAUGUGGGAUUUGUGAAUGUAACUCUUACAGAUACGGUAAUAAGUGUAAGUGCGAUAAAAAUGUUAUAGGCGUGAAACCAAAUGACAACUCCACAUGUAUAUCUCCAACAUCCAUCGACAAAGAAUGUAGCGGUCACGGAGCUUGUGACUGUGGCAAGUGUUCCUGUAUUAACAAAGAUUACACGGGGAGCUUCUGCCAAUGCCACAAGAACAUGUGCCCAAUGUACAAUGACGAGGUGUGUGCGGGACAUGGGAACUGCGUAUGUGGCACCUGUAACUGCGAUCCAGGGUUCACUGGUGUCAACUGUCGUUGCUCCACGGCAAAGAACAACUGCAUGUAUAAAGACAUGCAAUGCAACAACCGAGGCGAAUGCAAAUGUAACAGCUGCGUGCAAUGCUCUGACCCAUCGGACUGGGACACCAGGCGCAAUGGGGAUCUGUGCCAACUGGAAUGUUCUGAAACAUCCUGCCACAGUCACCAAUGCCAACUGCUCGAGCCAAUCGUCCUGUGCUAUUUGAACCAAGAAGACUGUCUAUCUCACCCUGAUAUCAAUAUCACCGGAGUUUCAAACUUGUCUUUCAAUUAUUCUACAAAUGAUUGGGCAUAUGAUAUGGCCAAUUACUCAGCGGACACUAUGAGAAAUUAUUCGGCCAAUGAUUGGAAGCAUUGCCCAAAUGUAAGAACCGGUUUGGGGUGCUAUACCCAGUUUGUAUACCGGUACAAUGAGGAUAGUUAUGGUGUUAAUAUCAAAGUACAAACAGAUGCGCAUUGCGCUGAAACGUAUUACAUGUACGGAGGUGCGUGCGCUGUCUUGCUCAUAAUCUGCGGUGUGAUAGGGUUGAUCACUUGGAAAACUGUCAUCACAGUGCGCGACAGACGGGAGUACGAACGCUUUGCUAAAGCGGUGGGUGUUAUGGACGAAAACUGUGACAACCCUAUUUAUAAACCCACUGUUUCCACGUUCUACAACCCCGGCUUUAGAAAAAGAUCAGAUAGAAGGAGGACAUCCAGAAACUAAUAUAAUUAAUAUUACAAUU